UUGCAUUGACUAAUUAUCAGUACAUCGACGAAGGAUCAAAAUUGACGUGGAUUCUGUGCCACUGCGCAAGCUCGACGCUUGGUCUAGAACUGUUUCACAGAAAGUGCCCUUUGUUCUUUCUAUUGAUAGUACUUAUCCCGGUCAUGGCAAAACCCAAACCAUCAGGCCAAACUUCAAAGGUCAGCCGCGAGACCGUACGAUUUCACGCGUGGAGAAUUUUAGGGUUAUUAUUGUAUGUUCAGGGGAGCCCGGCUAGGAAUUCAAUGUACAUGUCGUUGUAUCGUUCUUUUUUUCCUUUCAGUAAUAUUCUGAUUUACAAGAGAAGUUCUGCAGGAAUUAUGAAGGCCGAGAACAACGAUGCUCACCGGAUACGCCGUUGCCUGAUGGGAAGACUAGACUGGGGCCUCUGGCCACACUGAUGCAGUCUGAUGUAUUGUAAAGACGGCAUACCGCACAUUUACAACGACCGGUUUCUGUGUAGGCUAUUCGGACCGAUGUUUGAUUGUGCGCCAACCCAAUGCG